AUGUUUUUGUCACCUCAUUCUCAAAAUGUACCCGAUGACUACUUGACAAAUGCUCAAAUUCGGGAAAAAUUACCACCGGUAAAAUUGAACAAAUUAUCAGAAGAUGUUUUGUUCUACUUGUUUUACAACUGCCCGGGAGAAACUUUUUCUCCUGUCGAAGAAUUUCUGAAAAUGUUAGUUUUAUUGUCUAAAUGUGUUCGUACAUAUUUAUGCAUUCGCUUGCGAAUAUGUAGUCGGAUUGCACAUGUCACUCAAAGAAAAAUCGAUUUGGUGCUUGGCAUGUCGAAGAGAAGUCGUGUUAUCCCUGAAAAGAUGUCUUGCACGCGUGUUGGUUCCCAAAAGAACACCUCGCUGAGCUUAGAUACGUAUCAACGAGAUUGGCGGUUCCAUAAGAGCGAAGGAAACUGGUUGACGCGAUCACAAUAUGGCGGAGUCAAGGAGCAAACGGGAUCUUACGAAAAGGGACAAUACAAUGUUUUCGAUCCGUUGCAAUGGCGUAAGGUAAAUCAAAAUUCUUUUUUGUGUCGUUUCUUUCAUACGUUUUCGCCUCUUUGACU